UAGUAAGUAGUCUCUCCCUUCUUCGCACCGAGUGUCAUUAAGGAGUGCCGAUCGCGAUAAACAAAUGAAGACCUGUACGAUAUUUUAUUUCCUUUUACUGGGAGUUUGGACGACAAUUCCUCCAAUGGUCAUAACAUGGAUAGCUGUCGAAGACAUUCUGUGCGGGGUCCUUUUGUCGUCAACCGUUAUUCUCAUUUCUUUCUCAUUUGCAGAUAUGUUAAGCAAAUGCCUCAGUCCUUCAAUCGUGAGGAGAAUAUAUUUUACUUCUUCGUUUGUUUUCCUCACUGCAUUACUGAGUGGAUCGGUUGUUCUGAUAGUGGCUGUUGAUGAUAUUCGUGUCAGAAUCGUUGGAGUUGGGCUUCUUGGUCUUUCUAAUGGUUUUAAUAGAAUCGCCUGCGUGAGGAUGCUUGCCUAUUACGAAAAAGCGGAACUUCUCGCUUCUGCCUAUCAAUAUGGUAUCAACUUUUCGACAUUUUUGACGUCAAUUGGAUACAUGGGAUUAACAACCUGGCUGCGUGUUAACCCACGUAUCGCUAUAGCUUCUUGCAUCCCGAUAUGUUUCUUCCCGCUUGUUGUUUACGCUUUGUUAGACAAAACUCCCUUGAAAGAUCACCUUAGUACAAGCCAAUACCAACCCUUGGAAGUAGAUUUUACUGUUGAACAUUCCUACAAGCCUACAGCAACUUCAACAUCAAUCUUAACACAAAAACUAGAGUUUCUGUUCAAAGUAUUUCCCUUCGUCUCGUACACCUUUUUGUCCAAUUUUUGCCUACAUUUGUCAAUGGUCGCUGUCCUGACAACCCUCACGUUCCCCUCUUCGCCAUUUCAGCCUCGUGACCACUUUUUGUACUACAGGCUCUUGAGUGAUACUGGAAUUUGGGCGGGCGGUGCAAGUCUUCUAGUCUCGUAUUUAUGCCCAGAAUGGAUCGAUGUCUUAAGGAUCCGUAAGAUAUGGCUUCUAGUUUUGCUGAAUGUUAGCCAUUUCCUUUUCUUCAUUUUCGCAUCAUGGUUUCGUUUCCUCCCUAGCGUCAUACCUGUGUUGGUGUUAAGUUUUACCCAGGGUGUUGUAUACGGGUUAUCUCUGAUUUAUUCUUUGAUGGAUGCAGCGACGUCAUUUCCUUGUCCAAAGGAUAAUGGCACAGCAAUGGGUUUUGUAGAGGUUGGACUUUCACUGGGUCGGGUUGCUGCAGGAAUUCUGGGAAUCGUCACGGAAAAACAUCUGAGAGAGCACUGCACUUAUAACUUAUUGCUGGGUCAAUUCUGUUUGGCAAGACACAAAGUAUGCUGAAUGGAGCACAAACUACCAAACUGCAGAAACACCACUGAGUUACUUACAAAUGUAACUAGACUCAAUAAGGUAGAUGGCCUGUCUAGAUUUUAAAGUCAAGACUUUUUAAAAAAACUGAAAUAAACCAUCCUUGUUUUAAAAUAACACUUAUUAGUCAAAUCCAACUAGCGGUUUAUCAUCAAUGCUGCAUUUUAAAUGGAUGAGCUACUCAGCUAGGCUAUAAAAAAACCAAAAUUGGUUAUCUUCGAAGUAGGGGCACAGUGUAACCAGGGAGGGGCAUGCGCAUCCCCUGCACCCCUACCCUGGAUCCUCCCCUGAUAUUAUUUGUUUUUAUUGUAAUUUAUUUACACCUGGUUGCGGAGACGUUGUCAUGGGGA